CCAGUCACUACUGUAUCCACAACAGUGCAGACUUCAGCCAGCCAAUCAGCAGGGUCAGAUUGGUUAGUCACUGGGUGACAGAUUUCAGUCUACCUCCUAUGCAUUUGCACUGUAAAGCUACAGCACAGGUUCAGUAGCUCGUUGCUUUCACUGAGGCAAGAGUGCUUUCUGGAGACUCCAACUUUAUUCACACUGAAGGAGUUUGGGCUUGAGAGAAAGGAUAGGGAGAGAAAAAGGAUAAGACAGACUUGCUGUUACACUGCCAUCACCACUUUUUUAAAAAUGUAUUUAUCAGUUUGAACUGCAGAAGCUAAGCAACACUUUCUAUUACCUACCCUAAGAUCACAAAUGAAUUCAUGAGAUGCUAGAUUACCUGCACUGAAUAACGAAGGACAUUCAAGAUAUUGAAGUUAUACGUUACCUGUAUUGACAAGGUGGAAACUAUAGCCACCCCUUUUUCCCUGUAUUAUUCUUUUAAAACCUUAUCAUUUAGUUGGUAAAAAAAAUAAAUGUACUGAGUAAUUUGAUCUAAAUUUGAGUGAACAUCUGGUUGGAAUGGCAGAUAAUACGAUUGAAGAGUCAGACUAUUAUCCUGAUAAAGAUGAUCUGGAGUGGGGCUACGAGGAAGGUGUGGAAUGGGGUCUAGUGUUUCCUGAAGCUAAUGGGGAAUAUCAGUCUCCAAUUAACCUCAACUCCAGGGAGGCUAGGUAUGACCCAACACUACUACAAGUACGCCUGUCUCCGAAUUAUGUUGUGUGCCGGGACUCUGAAGUUAUAAAUGAUGGCCAUACAGUUCGGAUACUGCUUAGGUCAAAAUCAGUUGUUACAGGAGGCCCGUUACCUAGAGAACAUGAAUAUGAAUUACACGAGGUUCGAUUUCACUGGGGGAGGGAGAAUCAGCGUGGCUCUGAACACACAGUUAAUUUCAAAGCUUUUCCCAUGGAGCUUCAUCUAAUUCACUGGAACACUACACUAUACAGCAGUAUUGAUGAGGCAUUGGGGAAGAUGAAUGGAAUACUUAUUAUUGCUUUGUUUGUGCAGAUAGGCAAAGAGCAUCUAGGUCUGAAGGCAAUUACAGAAAUCCUUCAAGAUAUCCAGUACAAGGGGAAGACAAAAAUCAUUCCAUGUUUUAAUCCAAACACACUGCUGCCUGAUCCCCUUCUUCGAGAUUACUGGGUGUAUGAGGGCUCCCUCACCAUGCCCCCUUGCAGUGAAAAUGUCACUUGGAUUUUAUACCGUUACCCUCUGACUGUGUCCCAGAUUCAGAUCGAGGAGUUUCGAAGGCUAAGAUCCCAUGUAAAAGGUGCAGAGCUCCCUGAAGGAAGUGACGGGCUGUUAGGAGAUAAUUUCAGACCAACCCAACCUCUCAGUGACAGAAUCAUCAGAGCUGCUUUCCAGUAGAGUCACUGGUAUACAGCUGCGCUUAACGCCCGUCCUUAUUUUGUGUCCCUGUGAAGAGGCUGGCUGGUAGUGACGUCAGACCCGGAAGAACACAAAGUACUGAGGGUGAAUUUGUGAAUGAAAUGCGCUGAUGACAAACGUCGUGGUGGCCAAAACAAACAGACAGAAAAACCAGUGGUAACCAGACGAAACCAAACCAAACCAAACCAAGCCAGUACUGUGCUGGAGCUUCCAACACAAAUAACAAUUGUUAUUCUUUUAUAUUUUAAUUCUCUCUCCCGUUCUCCACUCUCGAACACACAACCCAAGUGAGUGAAACAUGCACCUAUAUAUACAGUUGUGCCGGGAUUCAAUUACUAAUUAAUUAUUCACUUGAAUCCCAGCACAUUAACUAAUUUGUGGAUUCCCCGUGCUCACAUAUUAAUACACAUUUUAUCUGCAUGUGAAGUGAUUGUGCAAUCCCCGUGCCUAAAUACAUAUUACAACAGAAUUAUAUUCUGUGCACCAAUACAUAUAAAACAACAUUAACACACCACCCACAACAUAACACACAAAAUACGCACAGGGGCGGGGGCACCCCGCCACAUAUCUCCCUCCUUGUGCGCAGCACACAUGGCCUCAACGGCCACCUCCCCCCUUAAAAUCCCUAAAGUCUUGAGCAAAGUCUGGGGCCAAGAACAGGGACUUCAAGGGGUCCACGGCUGAUAAUCCUGGCAGCGGAAAGGCUGCUCUCUCCAGUCGUGCAGCCCAUGGCAAGGCUGGCAGCGCAAUUGCUGCCAAUGGCACAGGGCACUCCAGUAGUGGAAAAGCUGCUUCCUUGAAAGGCUGACAGUGGGGUAGCACAUUCCAGCAGCGGAAAUGCUGCUAUUGGCACCGCUGGCAGCGGCAAUGCUGGCAACGAUAGGCAAUGGCAAUGGCGACCAGGCAGCCCUAGACGAUGGCGACCAAGCAGCCAUAGGUGUUGCAGGCUCGGCAGUCCUAAGCGUUGUAGGCUUGGCAGCCCUAGGCAGUGCGGCACAGGGCCAGAGCGGUCCCUCAGAAGGUGAAGCCGGGAGGGGAGCCCCGGCCAAGAGGGCGGCAGCGGGAGCUCCACUUCUCCCCCUGGUGAUGGAGUUAGGACCAGUCGUGGUGCUGGGAUUAGUCAGUUUGGCAGUGGCUGUGAUGGCGCUGGCCCUCUUCACGGCCACUGCGGUCGAGCUGUUAUCCCCCAUGCUCCCCUCAGCAGCCUGUGCAGUGGCUGCUGAGGAAUACCCUGGUCCUUCCUUGUGUGGUGGAAAUGGGAGCUGCAGGUAGUCUCCCUCUUGUGGUGGAGGUGGGAGCUGCAGGUAGUCUCCCUUUGGUGGUUGAGGUUGGAGCUGCAGGUAGUCUCCCUUUGGUGGUGGUGGUGGGAGCUGGAGGCAGUCUCCCUGCUGCGGUGGUUGUGGGAGCCGCAUGUAAUCUCCCCCUAGCGGUGGAGGUGGGAGCAGCAGGUUGUUUCCCUCUAACCCUAGAGACUGGUGCGGCUCUCCUUCGGUAACUGGGAACCGGUGCGGCUCUCCCUUGGCUGCUGGGAACCGGUGCGGCUCUCCCUUGGCUGCUGGGAGGUGGUGUAGCUCUGGAUGUCUGGCUCUAGCCUCUUGGGUGCUGGAUGCUCAUGCUUCCCCCUUCUGGACGCUGGAGACACUUGUGCUCCCCCUUCUGGCAGUACCUGCAGUGUAAAUUAGGGAGUGUAAUAGAAGGCAAUGUGUAAAGGCAGUACCAGUAUAUGACGUUUACAAUACAUGGUGGUUCUGAUUUAUGUUUCUCCAAUACAGAACUGUCAGAAUCCAAGUGGCAGUAGCCAAGUGGUCUAGUGGUUAAAGAAAAGGGCUUGUAACCAGGAGCUCUCCGGUUCAAAUCCUGGCGCACUCACUGUGUGACCCUGAGUCACUUAACCUCCUUUUGGGUGAGAUGUUGUUGUAAGUGACUCUGCAGCUGAUGCAUAGUUCACACACCCUAGUGUUUGUAAGUCGCCUUGGAUAAACAAAUAAUAAGCCUGUGGAAGCUGGCAACUCUGUUGGCCCCAUAGUAAUAGUAUAAAGAAUAUUUUGAACUGUCUAAAACUAGUAAGAAACUAAUCUGAAUGCUAAUUUAACAGCUUGCAAUAAAACAGUUUUUGACAGUUUUAUGUUGUUGCAAUUGAUGUAUUCCUCUCAGAAAAUGUGCCUUUGCAUUUGCCUCUAAGGGUCCCUAUGUUAUGCUACAGGGCUCCAAUGAUGAUUUUCCAAUUCAUUCUUUAUAAAAUUAUACCACCUGUUUCUGUGAAGUCUUUUAACAUAACAUACACAUAACAAUUUCUAACACAACAUACUGUACAUACACAUAACAUCAAUACAAAUUGUAACUGUAUUUUAAAAUAAAAAAAACACCCAGCUGAAUUGAGAUGCCCUGUUAUAUUCAGUUUUAGCAGCUGUCACCUGCAGGGCUUAUCCAACAAAGAACAUGUUUUUUUUUUUUUUUUUUUAAACCUGUUCAGCAACAAAAAGUGAAUGCCUGGUGUCAUUGGCAGACCCUGUCACGUACGCUCUGUGCAGGAUCACUCAAUUACUUGUAAGCUUUUCAUACUGGUGCCAGUCAGUCAAAUCAGGGAAAUCAGUGGUCUGAUAAAAAUCAUAUUGCUGUAACAUUGGAUGCAAAAAAUUCAGAACAAAUCCAAUAAUACAAAUAUUAUUUUAAUUUCAAUGUUUUUUUUUUUCUCUGAAUUAGUGUGCUUAGGUAGAAAUAACGGUUUGGAAAAUGAACCUGUCAAGCAUCCAAAACCAGUGGAAUAUUUGUUUGGUGAAAAUAACUUCUGAGAAUACCGUACAGCCUGGUUUGCAUUCUGCUUCCUGGCUUACUUAUCAGUUAGACAAAGUUUGUAUGACUAUUAAAAUCAGAACAACAAAAUAUAUCAGGAUCUUGCUUGGUACUAAGCCAUACAUCAAAAUGUGUAGCCUGAGAUAGCUUUGCAGUUUUCCCUGAAUUAUAUCAUAGGGUUUUAUUAAAAAGUCUACAAAGUAGUAAUCAAACUGCCACAUUGAAAAAUGCUAAAUAUUAAUGUAAUUAAAAAUACAUGGGUCUAAGUUUGAGCACAAUUGUAUAAAAGAUUUGACAAGUUAACCCUAGCCAAUAUUGUAAGAACAGAGACUUGGAGCAGGGGAUACAGUCGGAAAUUGAGUGGAGGCAGGCUUGGGUCACAAAGAGUGGUGAGUGUAUGAGUCAGCUAGACAAAGUUCUGAGAUCAAUUACUAGGAACCGAAGAAGCAUCGAUGGGAAAAUGGACCUCUCCUGUUCUUUCUUGUGUCACCUCACUUAGAGCAUCCUGAACAUAAUUUAUACCAAAACAAGUGGAUGUUUACUUUCAAAAUAAAACAACAAUUCCAUGUUUAUGGAAAACGUACACAGUGAUUUAUAUAUAUAUAUUGUGUAUAUAUAGAUCUCCAUCAUUGUUUGAAACAUCCUAUCAUCUGAGACUUUCCUGUUUUUAGUUGUUUUGUUUAUAUGUAUAUAUAGGAUGUUUCAAACAAUGAUGGAGAAUCCAGAUGUAUCCUGAAUUUGUUUGACAGGAACAGGAAUAUCUUUGCACACCUCACACAAUGAGGAAUAGGGGACCUCCAGAGAACGCAAGGGACUAUGGGAUAUUUGGACGACAUGCUAAACCGGGUUAUUAAAGAGCAACAUGUUUAUGGGUAUGAAAUAUUAGAUUUCUAGUUGUUUAGAUUCACUUCAUCAUUCCAUAAUCUUCCUUUUCAGUCAUCAUAUCCUGGUGACUUAUUUAAAUUCAACAUAGCUCUCUGAACCUGGUACAUCAGUGUCCCUGCAACAGUCCUCUACUGAAUAUAAGAAAUAUAACAUUUGUUAUAUGUUGUAUUAUGAUGCAGUUCUUACUCCCACUAUAGGUAGAGUGUUGAGGGAAAGGUCACUGAUGUGUACCAGAUGUACUAUAUAUUGAAAAAGGUUUAUUGGUUAUGUUUAUUUUCCUGUUUACCAUGAUUUUAACACUGAUCUGUGUGUCAUCAUCAGGGAUCCUAGAAAUCUGUUUGCUGCGGAAUAACGCGGAAAAACACAGAUUGUCUAUGCUGUCGGAGAAUUUUUAUUUUUACACUUGAAGCGGGGCAAAAAACAUGCAAGGCUUUUUUUAUUUGUUUGAUAACCAAAUCAAUACACUUACCAUAUUGAAUCAUCAACACAGACAAUUUAGAUUUCAAUUUGCAUGUACAGUGGUCAAGGUUGAACGAGGUGCACUGUAACAUUCAUGUUAAACAUACCGAGAAUGAUAAAAAUCACCCCUAAAGAUCGGGUCAAGGAGUUUGACAAAAAAACGGAUGACAAAGAGCAACUCGGAGAUAAACUAAUAUAUACUAUUUUUUGUUUUUUUAUUAUUAUUAGACAGAAAUAUUUGUAAUGUUUAAAGUGAAACGGUAAGUUUGUUUAUUAUUACUUGUAUUGUAACGCUUGAAAUGUUUUUGCUUACGAUUGUAAGUCGCCCUGGAUAAGGGCGUCUGCUAAGAAAUAAAUAAUAAUAAUAUUGAUUGAUGGCAUGGGUGAGCUUGUAACUUCCUUAAAAUUUAAAAGUGUACCAAUAAAUACUUCCUGUGUUAACUGUUAUUCAAUAGUACUGAUUGUGUA